AUGAUCCGCGCUGCCGCCAAGCUGGACCGCCACAGGCACCGCCACCGCCACCGCCACAGGCACCGCCACAGCCGCCAUCAACACGCAACCGCCGACUCCAUCGCUGUCGCCUGCGCAGACCGAACCCCGCUCCUGCUGCACUCACCCGCCCGCAUGUCUUUCCAGCGCAGCUCUGCUCUCGAGAGCCAGCCGACGCACUGGCGGCGCGAGGAUGACCCGCAGUACGCCGACGAUCCAGAGUUCCGCGACUUCGCCAGCAAGCUCUCCGAUGAUCUGUUCGCCCUGACCCGCAACGUCGCCCGCCUCUCCACCGAGAUCUCCAAGCUGGGCACCAAGCACGAGACCGCACGGGUGCGGGAACGAGUCAAGACCACGACCGAAGAGACGGCCGAGAAGUUCAAGGAGAUCGGAGAGGGCGUCAAGAAGAUCAGCCAGUGGCAUGACGUCGGCCCGUCGCAGAGGUUCACGCAGUCGAAGCUCAGCCGCGAGUUCAAGGCCUCGCUCACCGAGUUCCAGCAGCUGCAGAAGCAGUCUCUCGACAAGGAGCGGGCUUCGGCGUCUGCGGCACGAGCGGCCCUCGACGACCAGGCAUCGCCAAGCGCAGAGCGUGCAGAGUUUGGCCAGCAGCAGGAGCAGGAGCAGCUUCGAUUGGCAAACCAGGACGAGGUCGACUUCCAAGAGUCGCUCAUCAUCGAGCGCGAGUCGGAGAUCCGCAACAUCGAGCAGUCGGUCGGCGAGCUCAACGAGCUGUUCCGUGAUGUCGCCCACAUGGUCCACGAGCAGGGCGCCCAGCUGGACAUCAUCGAGGAGAAUGUCGAGGUUACGCACGAUGCUUCCAGAGGCGCACACGUCAACCUGAAGCAAGCGAGCAACUACCAGAAGAGCGCGAGGAGUAAGGCCUGCAUCCUGUUGCUGAUCCUGGCCAUCGUUCUGGUCAUCAUCAUCCUGGCUGUAGUCCUGGAUUAG